AUGGAUGCGCUCGGGAACCCCCUCAUGCAGCGCGCACGCACCUUGGGCCAUCGGUUCUUUCACCGUUUUGGAAUUCACUGCGCGACGCAUCAAAUUCGAGUCAUUCUCAUCUCUGCUAUUGUCAUUACAUCCCUCUUUUAUCCCGCCCUCGCUAUAUACUCCUCGUCUCAACCGCGCUUUCUAGCUCACUUCUCGUCUCAAAUCCUUGACCCUUUCAUUGCCGCGAAUGCCAUCUCAAGCUACUAUGCACAGCAUGAUCUAUGGAAUGUCUGGUCCGGCCAUGUCAACCUCCAUGUCCGGGAGGACUCCGUCGCGCGCGCUCGGUGCGGCGUCGAGCAGACCUUGCGAGUCGAACGCGUCCUGAUUCAUAGCUCCGGUAUCGAGGACACCGGUGCUCUUAACCACCAAAUUCUUCUGUCGACACUGAACGUCGAGCGCCGGAUCGGGCAGCAGCUAACUGCCCAGCACAUUCCCUGUCUCAGGGGCCCGGACCGAAAAUGUCUUGUCAUAAGCCCGCUGGAAUUCUGGCACCACGACGAGAAAUUACUCAUGUAUGAUCAAGACAUCCUUGAAGUGCUCAAUUUGUCAAAUAAUGUAUCUAUUGCUGGCGUGCCGAUUCUGCCUCAGAUGGUUCUGGCGGGACGUGAAAUGGACGAAUAUUCGACGUCAAAAGUCAACUUCGCCAUGUUCCUCGUUCUCACGUAUUUCUUUCCGGAAACAGACUGUCUUGGCAAUUCUGGUCAUUUCGCUUGGCUGGAGACCUUGGAGAGUGCUGCGAAGGCGCAUGCAGAGCUGAUGACGGAGGCACAGGAGCCAAAACUCAUCGCUCUCGAGUACAAAACCAACCCAUCUUCCUCAUCUGGGUCUUCUCUCCUAACAAGUUUCCUCUAUUUCGCAUAUCUUGUCUUCGCUGCCCUUUUCAUGUCAUCUAUGCGAACAGGGCUUCCUGUACACAAUCGUAUCGGUCUCAUUCUGACAGGCGUUGUCGAGCUGUUGGUAAGUACCAUCACCAGUCUCAGCGUAUGCGCUUUGGCCGGUUUCAAAGUCACAAUGGUUCCCUGGGAACUAUUUCCUCUUGUUGUAAUCUUCAUUGGGUCCGAAAACAUGUUCAGAUUGGUGGAGGCUGUCGUCAGGACCUCGGUUGCCUUACCCGUCAAAGAACGCAUCGCUGAAGGACUUAGCCGCGCUGGCACCUCCAAUUCGCUCAAAGUGCUCACGUACAACAUUAUUCUAGGGGUCAUCGCCUUCUUCUCCCACGGUGCCAUACGUCAAUUUUGCGCGUUCGCCAUCGUCGUCCUUGUCGCACAUUGGUUCCUGGUUCACACAUUCUUCGUUGCAGUCCUGUCCAUCGAUCUGCAGCGUCUAGAGUUAGAAGAGCUAUUACAGCAGGAUGCGAGCUUGGCCCCCGCUGUUCCUGUGUCGGAUACCAGACCGCCAAAGUCGCGGCCGAGCUCUGCAUGGAUGAAUGUCAUGGCUUCGGUUAGGGGCAUGCUGCAAGGUCGGGCUGCAAAGAAUGUCAGCCUGGUAGUACUACUCGCGACGGCGGCGACUCUAUAUUUUACGACCUAUCCUGCCGUGCGGACGAAGGAAGAUCCACGGCUUCCCCUCAGUCGCGGCAGUGCGUUCUCGCGGCAUAACAACACGCUUCAGGAUGUGUCGCAGACAAAUUCUCCUGCAUGGCGUACAUGGCGCAUGCUCGGUGCAGCCGAAGAUCCGCUCAUUCAUCUCCGCCUUGAAUCACCUACCAUUCUUAUGUUUUACCCGGCCGACGCGAGUCAAACGUCCGCCCAGCAGCUGCGUCCUCCACUCACUUACCGGCAUAGACUGACGACGUCACGAGUUUUACGAACCGUCACCUGGAUGGUCCGUAUCGUGAUUCUACCAAUCGCUGCUACAGUCGGCCUUUUAUAUGGUCUCUUGCUCUACCUCCUCAAGGAUGCCGAGCGACUAGAGGCACAACGGAACCGCUCAGAGCCUGAUAUGAAAGAUAAAGCGGAGGAAGACGCGGUGGAAGACACCAUAUCGUUUACAACAUUACCGCGUGCGCUGUCUACAGAUGUAGAGCUGAUCGCGGCGAACAAGGAUGGGAGUAUGGUAGCCAUGGUGGGUCUGGAAAACGAGAUCGUGCUGUGGUUUUCGGACAAGCAAUCCCAUACGUCGAUCGAUGCGACGGAUGUGCUCCUUGGCAGCGCAAGCACAUCCAAAGCAGCAUCUGCUAUCACCGCUCUGGCGGUCAACGACACAGGGACAUUCUGUGCAGUUGGGACCGGCGCGGGCGUCAUUGCGCUCUGGGCGAUCGGGAACGGAACAAUUAGGUCACUGCCGAACCUCGUCUUGCAGACAACUUCGUCCGCGAUCGUCGAUCUCCAGUUUCUCAACACGUUCUCUUCGGGUACCAUCACGCCUGGCCGUAUCGGCUCUCUCGUGCCUCCGGAGACACCUGCGAUCAUCGCCGCAUCCUAUGAAAACGGCAUGAUCGCGAAAUGGGACACGAGCUCGCCAGAGAGCCCGCUGAACAUCCUCCCGUCGCGGCCGGGGCUUGUCAUCUCCUCGUCGCUUCUUCGCCUCCCAGAUACCGAUCGACUUAUCGCCGCGUUCCCGAUGGGAGACGGGAUGGUUGAGUUGUCCGAGAUCACGUCUUCGGCAACACUGCUUCUGUGUGCAGACUGCCGCCUUCAAGCAGGCAAUCCGGCGGACUAUGUCACGAAGGUGUACGCGAGCUGUGUCAAAUCGGGCGAUACGCGACAUCUGAUCAUCGGUGCUGCGACGCAGGCCGGUGUGGUAUCGCUGUGGGACGGCGAGACGGGCGAGUGCAUCUCUGUGCUCGACGAUGUACAUGGCCAGAUCAACAAUCUUCGCAUUUGUCCGGUGUACUGUAAAUCCUGCCCGCAUUGUGGCGAGCUGCCAAUGGACAGCUUCACCGUGUCGUUCUCGGUCGGCCACAACGUCGUUUUCUAUCGCGUAUAUAUGUCCACCGAUACCCGCCGAUGUACGUGCACGCACAAUCAACCCCAGGUGCAGCCGUCCUGGAAUACGGGACGAGGAAGGCGCUCGCGGAGCACCAGUUUCGCUUCAACCUCCAGCGGGCUCUCGCGCUCACGUCAUUCGUCCAUUUCGGAGAACCAGACACCAGAUGCGCAGAAACCCGCCUAUCCAAUAUCAGGACAUGGCGUCCUCAAGCGCCGAGGAUCAGAGAAGGACUUCCGACGGCAUCUGGAUGCUCUUCCGGUCUCCUUCGACAACGAGGAGGGCGAGAUGGCCGUGGGGCCGCUGGACGUGUCGCCGUUGGGCGGGUCAUCGCUGUCGAAGUUGAGAGAUCUGGUGGUGGUGAGAACGGCGGACGCGACGUUUGAGAGGGGGAGCUGGGAUGUGGUGGACGAUCGCAUUGUGGGCGUGCGCAGGAAGCCAAGGAUGUCAACCACAAGAGGAGGGUCUGGGCGGUCGCACCUACCUCAAGAUACCCACAGGGGCCUUAGCGCCUCGGCCUUAGAACGAUGGGAAGUAUGGACGUUCGACCCUUCGACGACGGGCUUCCACGUCUCUCCUCUCGCGGCCUUGGAGCAUCGCGACCACGACCACGACCGCUCAAGUACGACGGUGACGCCUUCGACAUCGCAUAUGCCAAGCCGGCGGCCUUCGUUCUCGUCUGACCGUUCGAGUCGCGCCCGCGACACUAUACCGCGGCUGCCGUUCACACGUGUAUCGCCGUUCGUGAGCGGAUAUUCGUAUUGCUUGGCUGGGUUCGGCAACACCGUGGGCCUGUUGUCCAUUGCGCCGUGCAGUAAUCUAGAGCGCACCUUGUCUAUGCGAUUGGCGAGCAAAUUGACCGAGAAGGACCGAGCAUGA